AGACCUCUGAGGAGCCCAAACUUUCCAGUAGCACCACAGGCGGCUGCUGCACAAAGACAGACAGGAAGAGGGACAGCUAGAUGAAUCAAAAUUAAAACAGAAGAAAAGUUGUUAAUUUGACUCUAUAGCUUUCCUCAACAUUACUAUUGAGUUUUAUAUUCAUAUUUUUAUUGGACAGGGCCCUUUGUGUGAAAAAAAAGAGAGAAAAUGACGAGUCUGCUGUUCAUCACCAUAAUCUCCCUGACCCUGGCUGGCAGUGGGUUCAGUCAGCUGACGGACUUUCCCCUACAAGUAACAGUUAUGGUUAUUGCUGACAUGGGCGUUAACGUCACCCUGCCCUGCCGGCUGCUGUCCAAAGACGCCAUGUCCUUUGGUAACGUCGGCAUCCGAGUCAAAUGGACCAAGGUGGCAGAUGAUGAGGCGCUGAAUGAGGAUGUGCUGCUCUCAAUGGGGUUCCACAAGAAGACCUACGGAAGCUUCGAGGAGCGUGUCUUCUUGGAGGAACACGACAAUGAAGACGCCUCCUUAGUAAUAACUGACGUCUCCAUGGACGACGCGGGAAAAUACCGCUGUGAGAUCAUCAACGGGGUGGAAGACACCGUUCAAGAGAUUCACUUGGAUGUGCAAGGUGUUGUCCUUGAUGGUGUUGUGUUCCCAUACUUCUCCCCUGUGGGCCGCUACAACCUGAACUUCGACGACGCUGUGCAGGCCUGUCUGGAACAGAACGCUUCUGUCGCCACCGUGGAUCAACUGACUCAGGCCUGGAGGGGCGGCCUGGACUGGUGCAAUGCUGGUUGGCUGAGUGACGGCACAGUGCAUUAUCCCGUCGUCAGACCCAGAGGGCCUUGCGGUGGCAACAACGGGCCUGGCCUCAUAAGCUAUGGUAGCCGUGACAAACUGAACAGCCGCUAUGACGUCUUCUGCUUUGCUUCUGCACUCAAGGGACGUUUCUAUUGGCUGGUCCAGCCCGACAGGCUGACCUUUGACGAGGCUGUGCAGGCAUGUUUAGACGACGGUGCAGAGAUUGCCAAGGUCGGCCACAUGUACUCCGCCUGGAAGCUCGAAGGCUACGACCGCUGCGAUGCCGGCUGGUUGGCUGACGGAAGUGUCCGCUACCCCAUCUCCAGGCCCCGCAAGAACUGCAGUCCCAACGAAGCUGCGGUGCGCUUUAUGGGAUACCUAGACAAGCUGCAAAAGUCGUACGGCGUCUACUGCUUCAAGGAUGAGCAGUGAUGCGGUAGGUAGGAGUAGGGAAGCCAUAACCACCAAAGAGCAGCAACAACCACAACCAAUAAAAACCAACAAUAAUGCAGAUAAGCUUUGAAUCUUAACUAGCAUGAGCUCAAUACCUUUCUGAAACUGUGAUAAUCCUCUUUAACUCCUAAAAAAAUACUGUACUGCCAUAUGCAACGAAUGACAACAUACUUUGUAGCCAUUCAGUUUUGUUUUUCUCAAACUGUGCAUCCAUUAAUAUUACAGACUGUUGGGGAAGAGGCAACAGUGUUAAUAUAUGAGUGAUGUGACAGAGACAAGAACUUGAUGGUUGUGAAACGUGAUCUAAGUUUAGUUUGUCUUCCACAGAAUGAUUAGACGUGAUGAUUUAGAGCACAUACGCUCACGUGCAGAUGAUAUUUGCUACUUUAAAAUGUAUGUAAAGAAUGGAACAAUGUAAUAGGUUAUGCAUUCAUCAAGUAUCACAUCAGUGAAAGACCUUAGACUGAUUACAGAGUCAUGAACAUAACUACCACUGUCGCGCCAUAUACGUACAUGUUAUAUUGCAGUAAGUAUUCAACUGGAUCCCUCUCUAAUCUCUAAUAAGAGUUGAAGCUCUUUUUUCCACAUCUUAAACUGCAGGAGUUGUGAUCAAAUUUACUGUUUAACAAGAAAAUGAAUGUAAAUGAUGGACUGUGACCUAUUCUGCAUUGAUAGCUCCCAUUAGAUCUCCCAAUUACAAUUUGAAAGACAGUUUUGUUAUUGUAACCUUAUGCGGUAUUUUUGUUUUAAGUACAGAUCUUCCCCUUUUGCCCCGAACACAACCUUUUCCAAAACAUACUACAAGUACGACUAACAAAUGUGUUGCUGAAAUCCACAAUCUCACUGAGGUUAUGAGCUGUAAAAGGUAAAUUUCCACUAGCACUCUAUUGUUUUAAAGACCUGGGUAAUACUGACGACCACUCUUUAAUAAGGAUUAAUUGAUAGUCAUGCUGUAGUGACUGGAUCUGGAUAAAUGUUUGGGAAUAAAGAAUCAAAACCAACAAAAACCACCACAGUGAGCAUGUUUUGGACAUACAGAGCUGGUAGUCUACAGGUGGGCCACACCCAGAUGAUAGCACCCUUACAGUUACAAAAUUAUUUUAUAUUUUGUGUUUUACUUUUUCUAACCCCUGGGCACUGACAUAUGGUACUUACUGCAGGCUACAUGUGCUGAAAUGGGGAUGCAUUGUUUGUGAAAGCAAAACUUAAAAAUGUCUCACACUUGUGCAUGAAAAAAGUUCCAAUCGCCAUGUACCUUUUUCAACAAAGCAGUUUGAAAUAAAGAAUACGUCUUUUAAAUAU